AUGCCUCACUCAUUCGGUUACCGCGCGCGUACGCGCCAUAUGUUCAAGCGGGGGUUCAAGGAACAUGGCCCCGUCAAGUUGUCCACCUUCCUCAUCAACUACCAUGUAGGCGACAUCGUUGACAUCAAGGCCAACGCCGCCCAGCAAAAGGGUAUGCCCCACAAAUACUACCACGGACGAACCGGAAUCGUGUACAAUGUCACCCCUUCCGCGGUCGGUGUCAUCGUUUACAAGGUUGUUGGCAACCGCUACCUGGAGAAGCGUGUCAACCUCCGUGUCGAGCACGUCCGACACUCAAAAUGCCGACAGGAGUUCUUGGACCGGGUAAAGACCAACCACGAAGCGCACGUCAAAGCCAAGGCUACAGGCGAGCGGGUAAACUUGAAGCGUGGACAUGUCCUUCCUCGGGAGGCGUACACUGUUACGACAACAGACAACGUUCCCCAGACUAUGGUUCCCGUGCCUUACGAGACCACCAUCUAA